UGGCCGCUCAUCUUCGAUGUCUGCAUCACAGCCCACAAGCCGGAACCGCGUCGCCAUGCCGGGCUUGGGCUUUUGCCAAAGGCCCGCUGACCCACAUUCUUAUCUAACGCGGCAGUAGCUAAGCUAACAAGCUAGGCGGCUAGCCUAGUCUGAAAGUACGUUGACGCUCGCUUCUGUAGAAAUUGACGCGUCGCUUUUUCUUCUUUUAAACUCCUCCGUUUCACCGGGACGAGAAAGGGACGAGUUUUAUCUUAACGCCGCACGAAAGAUACCCUGACAAGUUGCCGACAAAUGUAAAGAGGAAGACUUGACCCGUGAUCUGGACAGCUGCGCUAAGGUGGCGCAACGUAGAAGAGGUCAAAGAUUCCGAUGUCGCUGCCAUGUGUCAGAUCGCAACGCCGAGUCGACGCCAAGACUUUUCGGCAGCUUUCGACGCGCUGAUGAUCCAGGGCGCCGCCGGUGCCCGCGGCCACCUUCCAUCGACUUUCCUCAUCCUCUCUCCGGACCGGCUCGGCUGUCCGUAAGGUAUAUUCACAAAUGUCUUCCUCACGAUUGAAAGAUCCCAUCUGACAUGAUAACCCUGAAAAGGAUCAAAAUGACCACAAGCAUUGAUCAGGAUGACGGAAGCAUUUUUGGGUUAAUGGACGACGAUGAGAAGGACAAAGCAAAACGCGUGUCCCGCAAUAAGUCGGAGAAGAAGCGGCGAGAUCACUUCAACAUCCUCAUCAAGGAGCUGGGCACCAUGUUGCCGGGCAACACUCGCAAGAUGGACAAGUCCACCAUUUUGCAGAAGAGCAUCGACUUCCUGCAGAAACAACAAGAAAUCUGCGCAGAGUCCGAGUCGACGGAAAUCAGACAGGACUGGAAGCCUCCGUUUCUUAGCAACGAGGAAUUCACGCAGCUGAUGUUGGAGGCGCUGGACGGCUUCUUCCUCGCCAUCACGGCCGACGGCAACAUCAUCUACGCCUCGGAGAGCGUCACGUCGCUGCUGGAGCACCUCCCCUGCGAUCUUGUGGAUCAGAACCUGUUGAACUUCCUGCCCAGAAGGGAGCACUCGGACGUCUACAAGCUGCUAUCCUCGCACGUCGCCGAAGGAGAGACGUUGACGCCUGAAUAUCUGAAGACCAAGAACCAGCUGGAGUUCUGCUGCCACAUGCUCCGAGGGACAAUGGACCCCGAGGAGCCGCCUGUGUAUGAAUACGUCAAGUUUAUUGGCAAUUUCAAGUCGCUAAACAAUGUGCCUCACUGCACUCCAAACGGAUUCACCGGGACCGUCGUUCAGCGAUCCCUCCACUCGUCCUUUGAGGAGCAGCUGUGUCUGGUGGCCACCGUGAGGCUCGCCAAACCCAAAUUCAUCAAGGAGAUGUGCACUGUCGAGGAGCCCAAUGAAGAAUUCACCUCCAGACACAGUUUAGAGUGGAAGUUUCUCUUCUUGGACCACAGAGCUCCGCCUAUUAUCGGUUACCUGCCGUUUGAGGUCCUGGGCACAUCCGGUUAUGACUACUACCACGUGGACGACCUGGACACGUUGGCGAAAUGCCACGAGCAACUUAUGCAAUACGGCAAAGGGAAGUCGUGUUACUACCGAUUCCUCACGAAAGGGCAGCAGUGGAUUUGGCUCCAGACUCACUACUACAUCACCUACCACCAGUGGAACUCUCGGCCCGAGUUCAUUGUCUGCACUCACACUGUUGUCAGCUACGGUGAAGUGAGAACAGAACAGCGGCGAGAAUCGGGGUUGAGAACGUCCACACCGGAGAUGGCGGCAGAUAAGCAAACGCACGACUCGGAUGUGGAGUCGCAGCACAACGGCUCCGACCUCCAGGAAGCGCUAGAAAGCCUCGAUGACAGGAUGACACCCUCGGCGUCAUUGCGCAGUUUGCGGAAAUCCUUGCACGCGGCGCCGUCGGAGGCCUCUUCAUCUCAAGCGAAGCUCCAAGGAGGCCAGAAUGUGCCGCGUCACCAGUUGGCAUCUAACGCAAGCGCGGCGGCGCAAAGAAGAUUGUCAGUCGGCAGCCAGCAGUCGGUGAGCUCCCAAAGCACAGUCCAGACGGCAUCGAUGGUUUCACAACAAGUUCAGACUGAUACCCAAGUAAGAUUGAGCUCUUCCUUAUCUUCACAAGUGUCAUUAAAUGCGAAUGGAGGUGUUUGCGUGUGCCAGGCGUCAUCGGCUCCCUUUUCCGACCAGCUGGAUAACAUGCAGCACGUGAAGAAUCAACUGGAGCAGCGCACUCACGCCAUCGAGAGCAGCAUCCAGCGGCAGCUGGAUGAGCUGUGCAAGAUCCAGCAGGAGCUGCAGAGGGUGCAAGAGCAGAGCCUGCAGAUGUUUGUGCAGAACGGUGCCGUCAACAUGGCCGCCGUGCAGAUGGCCCCCCGGGCGCCCUCCGUGCUCACCAUGCAGGGCCAAGUGGUCUCGGCCGGCCCUCUGCAGACCUCCAUCCAACAUCAUGCGAUCCAGGCCCAACAGAACACAGCCGUGGCACAGCCCCCGCCGGCGGCGUCUCUGUACAACACGCUGAUGAUCCCGCAGCAAAACGCCGCCAACGUGCUCCAAAUCGCCAGCAACCUGCCGCCCAACACGGGCACCACCACUCCCAACAUAACCUUCACGCAGGACCGCACCGCUCAAAUAAGGUUUCCGGCUGCCCGCCAGCUGCUUACCAAGCUGGUGACGGGCCAGAUGGCGUGCGGGGCGGUCAUGGUGCCGUCCACCAUGUUUAUGGGUCAAGUGGUAACAGCGUUCGCCCCCCAGCCGGGCCCCACGCAGACCAUAAGCAUCGCCCAGCAGCCCGCCCAGCAGCAGCAGCAGCAAGAGCAACAGGCUCAGCGGCUGAUUCACGGAAGUCAGUUGAUCCUGCCGGCGGGGGCCUUCUCGUUGCAGCAGGCGGGAGCUUUUGCUGCUACCGCCGCCGCCAACCAGCAGAAACACCAGUCGCAUACCCACAGGAUGGACAAUUAGACCAGUCACAUGGGGGGGGGGAGGUAUCCUUUGGCUGCAUCGGCGCCCCGAAGAAGCGUUGCUCCAUCACUUUAUGCCAGGGAUCCCCCCCCAGACUGUUUCACCCCAAUCAAAUAGGCUAUCCGUUGCCAUAGCAACCACUUUACAGGAGUAGUCUAUAACUUGUUACAACUAACACGUUGUGACCCAAUUAAAAUGGACCUAUGGCCCAUUUCCGGGCCCCCGGCCCACAGUUUGAGGAACUCUGCUUUAUGCAAAAGCUCUCGCGAAAUCCUUUUUUUUCCCCCCUCACCCCCGAUUAACUAUUUUUAUGGAAAGAAUGUGCUCUAGAUUGGACUUUGAACUACUGUACUAAUGGUCAUGUGUAAUAUAUAAUGUAAAUAUUUAUCGGGAGGAAAGAAGUGCUAUUUUAUAUGAUGUGUGAGGGUGAAUAUGCUCUUUUUCUAGUGUCGUAAGAAGACAAUUCCGUUGACAAUCCUCGAAAUUUGCCAAAAAUUAAAUGUGGUGCUAUAUAUAUAUAUAUAUAUAUAU